ACUACAUCUACUCAUCUCUAUCCUGACACAAUGUUCGCACUCGGGAUUUAUUUGUGGGAAACUAUUGUGUUUUUCAGCCUGGCAGCAUCACAACAAGCAGCGGCUCGGAAAGCUGCCACCCCCAUGCCCCCGUCAGAAUUCCUGGAUAAGCUUAUGGGAAAAGUGUCCGGUUACGAUGCAAGAAUCAGACCUAAUUUUAAAGGUCCACCUGUGAACGUAACAUGCAACAUUUUUAUCAACAGUUUUGGAUCCAUUGCUGAAACAACAAUGGAUUACAGAGUGAACAUUUUCCUGAGACAGCAGUGGAAUGACCCUCGGCUGGCCUACAGCGAAUACCCCGAUGACUCACUUGACCUUGAUCCCUCCAUGUUGGACUCCAUUUGGAAACCAGAUCUGUUCUUUGCCAAUGAAAAGGGAGCCAAUUUUCACGAGGUUACCACUGACAACAAGCUUCUAAGGAUCUCAAAAAAUGGGAAUGUCUUGUACAGUAUAAGAAUAACACUGAUUUUGGCUUGCCCCAUGGACUUGAAGAAUUUCCCUAUGGAUGUGCAGACCUGUAUAAUGCAGCUGGAGAGCUUUGGCUACACGAUGAAUGAUCUCAUAUUUGAGUGGGAUGAGAAAGGAGCUGUGCAGGUAGCAGACGGAUUGACGUUACCUCAGUUUUUACUAAAGGAAGAGAAAGAUUUGCGCUACUGCACCAAGCACUAUAACACAGGGAAGUUCACCUGUAUAGAGGUUCGUUUUCACCUGGAAAGACAGAUGGGCUAUUAUCUGAUCCAGAUGUACAUCCCCAGUCUGCUGAUUGUCAUUUUGUCUUGGGUGUCCUUCUGGAUUAACAUGGAUGCUGCUCCUGCUCGUGUAGGCUUGGGCAUUACUACUGUGCUGACCAUGACCACCCAGAGCUCAGGAUCAAGAGCCUCUCUUCCGAAGGUCUCCUAUGUGAAAGCAAUUGACAUUUGGAUGGCUGUGUGCCUACUCUUUGUCUUCUCUGCCCUGCUGGAGUAUGCAGCUGUCAACUUCAUCGCACGCCAACACAAGGAGCUACUGCGCUUCCAGAGGAGGAGAAGACAUCUUAAGGAAGACGAUGCAGACGGCCGAUUCAGCUUCACCGCCUAUGGCAUGGGCCCGGCAUGCCUGCAGGCCAAAGACGGUAUGGCCAUCAAGGGAAACAACAACAACGCACCCACCUCCGGCAAUCCCCCUGAGAAGACCAUGGAGGAAAUGCGCAAGCUCUUCAUCGGCCGAGCUAAGCGGAUCGACACGGUGUCGCGUGUGGCUUUUCCACUUGUCUUCCUCAUUUUUAACAUUUUCUACUGGAUCACUUACAAGAUCAUUCGCAUCGAGGAUGUUCACAAGAAGUAAAGAGAUGAAAAGGGGAGUCAUAUCUGAAUACACCUGCUUCCAUGCUCCUCCCCAUAACUUCCUGUGCCCGCCUCUCUCUUUCAGUGCAGUGCACACUUGCUUUUGGUGAUGAUGAGUCCCUGGCAGAGGUAUUUAUUCUUUUUUUCAUCUCUUUCUCUUCUCUCCUAUCCUUCUGAAUAAUCCGGACCUGUGCAAUAGCAAUGCAGUAAAAUGCAUGAUGUAUGAAUGUGGCAAUAUAUUUACACAAAAAAUGAAGUGACUGAAGUAAAUAUUAAAACUUUCAAAAACAUGUCUAAGAACUUCUGACCCAAUGACUGGAAAUCCAAGAGGAGAUGCUCUUGUGAAACUCUUUUUUGCAACUUGAAGACACUGCAUUGCGAGAAUAUGGAGAAACAUUAUCGCUGUGUAAUAUAUCAUAUAUUUAAAUGAUAAUACUUCUAUGAAAAAGUCUUUAAAAAUCAUUUUUCGAGGUUUCAGGGUGGUUUGGGGCUUCCAUGAGUAUACAAUGAAAAUGUUGCAGGUCCUGUAGACCGAGAUUUGCUUCGAAAUGUGUAUUACAAGCACUUGUCAAAACUUUCCUGGAGUCUCAUGAUGUUUAAUUAUGAUAUAAAUGACUAAUGGAAUCUUAAUGGGUGCCAGUCAAAAAAUAAUAAUAUUUAUUUAAGCUGUGGUCAAUGUUUUCCUCUAUCUGUGCUCAUUUGCAGAUUCUUCUUUUUGUUUUUAACAUCAGAUUGUCACUGUCCAUGUGCCAAACAUCAUGUUGCUGUAAUACAUCUUACUUUCAGGUUGACCAAAAAAGAGAGAUAUCUUACUUGCAUUCUUCAUUGUUUUGUUUUAUUGAUUUAUUCAUUAAUUCAUGUGUCCAUGUUUUUUCAAGGGACUCUGUAUUGAAAAUAUUCAACACUGAAAUAACCCUGCUGAGGGAUGGGUGGGGAA